AUGCACCAGCUAUCUGCCUCCACCACCACAAUAGGCAACUAUAUUGGAGAUGAGAAAGCCCUAUCUAGUUCCCAAAACCAUUCAGCUACUGAAACUUUAUCAGAUAUCCAGCAAAUGAUUCAAAAGGAAAAUUUUGAGAGAAGCGGGCUCUGGGCAUGUCAAUCAACUGGGUCCUCCCGCCUUCCGUCUACACCUCCUCUCCCUUCCCCCCUCAAAAAAAUAAAAGCAGAGAAAGAAAGGGAAAAGAAGGUAACUAAUGUGGGAACUAGUCUCCACAGGGGCUUCGCCUGCGACCGAAGGAGGCCGCACGUCCCGGACCCGGCGGGAUCGAGCGAGCGGCCGGGUAGCCGUCUGUCGCAGGGUCUUCGCAGCGCGUCCGCCGCGCUCCGGCUUCCCGCACGGGUUGGCGCCGCUGCGGCCCCGCACUCCACCAGGCCCUCGGCCCGCCACCCUUCAGCGCGGGCCAAAGUUGCGCAAAUAGCCCCAACAACUGGCAAAUACUCACCGGCCGCAGCAGGAACCGGGGGUGCGGAGAUUUUAGGGAGUUUAAGGCAAAUUAGCCACGGGAAAGGCGGGCGGAGGCGAAGGGGCCGCGAGCUGCAGUGGCGGCGACGCGCGGCGCUCGGGUUGGGCUGCGCGGAGAGGUUCUGGCUCUGCCAGGGACUGUGCUGCAACAAAGGACUUCCGCUGCCGCACAGCCGCGCCUGCCGCACCGCACUGAGCCGGCCCCGCUUACGCGGCGACUCCGGGUCUGCCCACCAGUUCGCUGCGGCGUCCGCCAGCCUUCCCCUCCCUCUCGCCCGCCCACCCACUCCGCCGCUGGCUGCUAGGGGCACCCGCGGUCGCCUGUUUGUUGCAACAAGUUUCUGCGUCGGGCUCCGAGGAGGCUGGCGCAACCCGCACCGCGGGGGCUGGCGUGGCGGCGGCUUGACCACCCCUCUCGCCCCUCUCCCAAGGGUAGGCUUGGGACCUCCUCCUCCUGUUUGCACAGCUGGACGAGACUGGGCUCCUCCCGACUCCCCAAGGGCAGGAGGCUGCUUUCCCACUCCGUCCAGAUGUUAG